AGGCUUCUUCCGGCUGGAGAAUGAAGGGGGCGGCCAGGCCGUGGGGAGCGGUGUCCAAACCGGGGAGCCACGGGACGGAACGAGGAGGAAGACCGCUGCCCGCCGCCACGGGGGGAAUGAGGCCGUCCAAGUCCUCGACCUCCCUGGCAUUCGACUCGCGGCUGAGCAAGCUGAAGAGGGCCAGCAGUGAAGACAUGUUGGCCAAGCCGGGCGUUAUCACAGCCUCAGGAAGCUCCAGGCUGAAGAAGACCAUCACGACGGGGGCCAUCUCGGGGCUCGCAGAGAAUCGCCUGAGGCCCAGCACAGGUUCCACCCCGUCCUCCAAGCGCACUGGGAUUCCUGCGCCACGGGAGCUGCCGAGCGCCGUCGCCCGUGAAAAGGCGGUCCUGAGGCCCAGGAAGGCUCAGCCCAGCCCGACGUCUUCCGGAGCGCCGACCCCCACCAAGCAUUCGCGGCCUUCCCUCAAGCCCAAGAAUGAGGCAGAUGUCGGAGAGAAGGCGGGCCUGGCGUCCCAGGUCAAGGAGCUCCUGGCCGAAGCCAAGACGAAAGACUCUGAGAUCACCAAGCUCCGCAAUGAGCUGAAGAAGCACCAAGACAAGGAGUUGGCCACCCAGGACCUGGCCGGCUUGGUGGACCAGCCUGUGGACGGCCUGCCCACCGAGGUGGAAUCCCUGAUCCAGGCCCUUCAGGAGAAGAACAAGGCGUUCCAGAAGGAGCUCCUGAGCCUCGUGGAGGAGAACCGGCUCCUGAAGGAGAAGCUGAGCCAACGGGAGCACUCGCCACUCUCGGACACCGUCAGCAGCAGCAGCCUGCCCACCCCCACCACGCAGGAGUCCAGCUUCGGAAGCCCGAUGCAGCCGUCCCCGUGCAGCCACCCCAUCGGCGGGAGCCCCUGCGUCAAUGGGCCUCCGCUGCGCAACUCCGGUUCCUCCAGCAGCGACGUGACCAAGGCCUCCUUGUCUCCCGACGCCUCGGAUUUCGAGCACAUUGUGGACGUCCCCUCGAGGCCCGCGUCUGCCAACAGCAACGUCUUCAAGACCUCGAGAUGUUCCACCUCUGGGAGCUCGCCGAACAACGUCAGCGACCUCUCGGUGGCCUCCCUCACGGAGCGGAUACAGCGGAUGGAGGAAAACCAUCACUGCACGGCGGAGGAGCUGCAGGCCACGCUGCAGGAGCUCUCCGACCAGCAGCAGGUGGUCCAGGAGCUGACAGCCGAAAACGAGAAGCUGGCGGAAGAGAAGGCCAUCCUGGAGAGCUCCUUCUGCCAGCACCGGGAGCGGGCCGAGCAGCUGAGCCAGGAGAACGAGAAGCUGACCACCCUCCUGCAGGAGCGCCCAAAGGCCGACGAGAGCAAAGCCAAGUUCCAGGAGCUGGAGCUGAGGUGCGCCGAGCUGCAGGAGAAGGCCCAGUUCGAGCGGGAGAAGAUGCUCAACAUCCAGCAGCAGCUCACCAGCAGCCUGAGGAGCCUGGAGAGAGAGCACCAGGAAGCCCAGGUGGCGGUCAAGAGCCUGGGAGAGGAGGCCAAGCGGCUGGGCGUCCUGCUGGAGACCGAGCAGCAGAACAACUCCGCCUUGGCGAGGAUGCUGGAGGACUGCAAGGUCCACCUGGAAGGGCUGAAGAUUGAGAGCGAAUCGCUCCGCUCCCAGCUGGACAGCGAGAAGCGAAAGGCCGCCGCGAUGGACGCUGUGGAGCACGCGGCGAGCCGCUCUGACGUGCACGAGGUGCUGCGAGGAAUCCGAGCCGAGAGGGACCAGUUGGAACAAGCCUGCGCAGAGCUGAGGCAGGAGCUGUUGAAGGCCCAUAGCGAAGCGAAGACUCUGCAGGGGCAGCUGGCCAAGGUCGAGAAGGAACGGGAGCAACUGAAGGAGACGUGUGCCGGGCAGGCCGAGCAGCUGAGCCAGACCGGCCUGAAGUUUCAGGAGAAGAACUCGGAGAACGAGGCGGAGAUGAAGAGCCUGAAGGAGGCCGUCUUCGAGCUGGAGGACCAGGUGGAGCAGCACCGGGCGGUCAAGCUGCACGACGACCAGAUCAUCAGCGACCUGGAGAAUAAUCUGCUCAAACUGGAAAAUCAGAAGUUGGAACUCGAGAGGCAACUGAAGAUGCUGAAUAAGCAAAUUAAGGAAGACACGGAGGAGUGGCACCGCUUCCAAGCCGACCUGCAGACGGCCGUGGUGGUGGCCAACGACAUCAAAUGCGAGGUGCAGCAGGAGCUGCGUGUCGUCAAGCGGCGCCUGCUGGAGGAGGAAGGGAAGACCGCGCAGUUGCAGAAGGAGCUGGAGGAAGCUCAGGGCGGAAGCAGCCGGCUGGCACCGGACUCCAUCAACUGUGCAGAGGCAGACGCCCCCAAUCACUGGCAAGGUGUCUCGGUCAGCCGCCUUUCGCCAACCCCACCUGAGUCCUUGGCCACUGUCAAAUCGCUGAUCAAGUCAUUUGAUUUGGGAUGCUCAGGAGGCACUGGGCAAACCGUGCCCAUCCACAAGGCGUGCCGGAGUCCUCUGAGCAACAUCCCCACCCGGACAGCUCCUGCCGCUGCUGUGUCGCCCAUCCAGAGACAUUCUACCUUCAGCAACCCCAAAUCUGGUGGGAAGACUUUCUCUAAGCAUACCGAUCUACUGGAGCUCCCCUUGGGGGACCUGCUCAAGGGGAGAAGUGAGGAGCUGAAGCCGGACCCUUUCCUGCGCAAGAGCCCCUCCCUGGAAUCUCUCAGCAAGCCCCCCACCGUGACUUUUGCCGGCAGGAUGUUCAGCUCCACGCCCAGCGGCUUGAAACCCCCGAGCAAGCUCAGUGUGGAAAGGAAGGAUCCAUUGGCCGCGUUGGCAAGGGAAUACGGCGGCUCAAAGCGGAACGCGCUGCUGAAAUGGUGUCAGAAGAAAACCGAGGGGUACCCAAACAUCGAGGUCACCAACUUCAGCAGCAGCUGGAGUGACGGCUUGGCCUUCUGCGCCCUCCUCCACACCUACCUGCCAGCUCACAUCCCUUAUCAGGAGCUCAACAGCCAAGACAAGAAAAGGAAUCUCCUCCUUGCCUUCCAAGCAGCUGAAAGCGUUGGAAUCAAACCCAGUUUGGAGCUGAGUGCAAUCAUGUACACCGAUCGUCCGGACUGGCAAAGCGUCAUGCAGUACGUGGCCCAGAUCUACAAAUACUUUGAGACUUGAGGCUGGCCGAGGAGGAGGAGGAGGAGGAGGGGCCCUUGAAGAAACACCACCCAAAGCACUCAAUCACUUUAGAAGAACCCCUUCCUCAGUUGAUUCCCACUCAGCAAAGGAUGGCCCCUGCCAGUUGCCACGGUGCGCCAGGUGGCAGGGCGGGGGCCUUCUCCGCUGGAAACAUUUACAAGGGCAAAACGCCCGACCGUGCCAAAAAGACACUCGAGGCCGAGGGCCCAACCGUGGGGCACAAGGGCUCCUGCAGAUCACUCAGCAUCAAAACCAUUCCUGCUGUCUUCUUCUCCCC